ACAUAUCCCUUAUCCCUGCGCAUAUCCCUUCAUAGCUGCAUCUAAUCCUUACAUACCUAUAUAACUUCAUACAUACCUAACCUAUGUACCAAGCUACCCCACCAUCGAUUACAGGACUUCCGCGCCGGACUCGACAGAUGCAAUCUUUCACGUCCGUUUCACUCUCCAUUCUCGACCGUUAACACCCCACACGCGAGUAACGUCAAACUUACCUAAAGGUACAUAAUACAGGUACACAGGUAGAUAUCCGCGUCGCCGACCGAUCUAAUAACCUCGUGGCGGAUCUUGCAGUUCGAACCUGCCCGACUUACAGCUUACGGCUUACGUACAAAAUUACCUAUCUGCUUUAUAUCGGCGAUUCACAAAUACCCUUACAAAAUACCCAAAAUACAUAUCUUACUUUACCUCAUCUCGUCAUCUUCUAUCGCGUAACUGCUGUAAUACGCCACCACCACCACCACCACAAUGUCAGCAUCGUCGGCGCAAACCUCGGGAGCUGCCCGACUCUUGCAGCGCCAGCUCAAGGAGAUGCAUACGUCAUCUGACCUAUCAGGUAUUUCAGUAGGCCUAGCUAAGGAGAGCAAUGUCUUCGAAUGGGAAGUUAUUCUUAUGAUCAAUGAUGAGUGCAAGUAUUACGGUGGUGCCUAUUUCCGCGCCCUUAUGACCUUCCCACCCGAAUAUCCUCACCUGCCUCCUCAGAUCGUCUUCCAGAACCCGGUUCCGUUCCACCCCAACAUCUACCCCAAUGGCGAGCUCUGCAUAUCCAUCUUGCACCCACCCGAGGAAGACAAGUACGGCUAUGAGAGCGCCGCCGAGCGCUGGAGUCCCGUCCAGACCCCCGAGACGAUACUGCUAAGCGUUCUCAGCCUCUUCAACGAGCCUAACGACGAGAGUCCCGCCAAUCUGGAUGCCGCCAAGCUGUUGCGGGCCGAGCGAGAAGGUGGUCCGAAGGAGUUUAGGAAGCGGGUAAGGAAGUGCGUUAGGGAGAGCUUAGGCGAGGAUUAGGUAGGCAGGGCAAGUAAAUGAACAGGAUUCACGGCCGCAUACCGACAACCGAACUUCUAUACCGAUAAAUAUCUCUCGAAUAAAGGAGGAAACCGGGACGCCAUCGCAGGAGCACCAUCCUGUGUUGAAUAGCGUC